GCCAAUCGGGGCGGGGGUUGUUGCGGGGUCGGGUUGGACGGGAGGGAGAGGAGAGGAGAGAAGUGGCGGCAAGAUGUCGGGCAGGAGGAGCGGCGGGCAGCCGGAGUAUUUAACCAGGCGAAUCCCUCAGAACCCUAGGUACCAGCACAUAAAAACCCGCCUCGAUACCGGGUGCAGCUUAACAAAAUACGUCGAGAAGUUGGAGGAGAUCAAAAGAAAUUACAGAUACAAGAAGGACGAGCUGUUUAAAAGGUUGAAAGUGACUACUUUUGCCCAGCUGGUCAUCCAGGUUGCUUCUCUAUCUGAUGAAACCUUAGGAGUGACGAAUGAGGAGAUCCACAAGCUGGAAGAUGGUGCUUCUGAUGCAGAUGCUGAACUCACGGCAGGGACAAACGGGAAAGGAAGCCCCAGUGGGACACCACCCAGUCCAGUCCUGUUCAUAAACAGCACAGGAGCUGGGGAAUCGUACCGGUCCACACUGCAGAGUGUGAUAAGCGGUGUCGGCGAGCUGGAUAUAGAAAAGGAUGCUCCAAAGAAAGCAGACGCUGAGGCUAAAGACAUGCCUUAUCCUGACUGCCCCUUCCUGCUUCUGGACGUACGAGACCGAGAUGCUUAUGACCAAUGUCACAUUGUUGGAGCUUAUUCGUAUCCCAUUGCAACGCUGUCUAGAACCAUGAACCCCUAUACAAAUAGUAUUUUGGAAUAUAAAAAUGCCCAUGGAAAAAUCAUAAUUUUGUAUGACGACGACGAGAGGCUGGCCAGCCAGGCUGCCACGACCAUGUGUGAGAGGGGUUUUGAGAACUUGUUCAUGUUAUCCGGAGGCCUGAAAGUCCUUGCACAGAAGAUCCCAGAAGGACUCGUCACCGGCUCGUUCCCCCCAUCCUGCCAGGGGACAGCUCCCCCUGGAUCCGCCCGAAAAAAGGCCGCCCCCAAAGUGCCACCCACACGUGCCGAGAAUAAGUGGAGAUUUUCUGCAGAAGAUCUACAAAAGAUUAAGUACUACCUAGAAGAGGAGCAUGCUCCUUCAGAUACUGCAAACCGUCUUAGCCGUGGCUCUUCAGGGCGCGAUUCCAAGGCGACGACUGUGAGGAGCAGCCCCAGCCUCCCCACCGCUGCUGCCAGCGUGGGGUCUCUCACCACCCGCUCGCUCAGCAGGAGCAGCCUCCAGAACAGGCCGUGGAAAUAAGCAGCGGCGUCUCCUUCCACUGAAUAAACCAAUGUCCAGGUUCUGGGAACCCUGAGCAGUGCAGCCCGUUUGUCGUUUUAGGAAUCCACGGGGAAAAGCAGCGGUGGUUUAUAAAAGGCAGCUCGGGUAAGGCAGGGGGAGCUGGAAGGGCUGAGGUUUUACAGAAGCAGCGACGUUGGCAAGGCUGCCCUUUAGGUGCCGUGGCAGGACAGGACUGGCGUAACUGAUUUUGUGGGGGAGGGAAUUUAAACCGGUAGUGAAGCCUGUGACCAGCAGGAACGGUGCUGUGAAAUUUGUAGUUCAGACUAAAGAACUUUGUGUCUGUAACACGCUCCCUCCGUGCUGUGCCCAGAACUGCAGGUUGUGCUAGCAGGGGAACACGUGAAGGUCCACGGGCCAGAAAAGCAUCUGUGAGCCAAAACCUCGGUGUUUUUUUUAGCAGAGAUGCAAAUUGCCAAAAUAACGGAGAGAGGAUUCCGUAACUUCUUUUUUUAAAAAAUGUUUAUGAAGAGAAGUAUUGGUAAUAAAGCUGUUUUUGGAAAUAAUGCCCAGCAUGGCACAGUA